AUAUCGCGCUGAGUGCGCCGGGUUGAGUGUGUGUCAGGAUUGAUGGAGGUGGAGGGGUGUGCUCGUGGGGUGGCUGCGCGCUUGUUGUGAGGCAGAUUAGACCACGGUAGGAAUUGGAGUCCCCUGAGGUCGUCAAGAGGGAAGGUAAAGGGGAGCCUGUGGAACGUCGCCGACCUGACCGGACCUGGCAUGCCGAUGCUGGAGAUGGACGCCAGCAUGGCCAGCGUGGGCAGCCGGAAGCGGGCUGGCAAGCACUACACGGUGGAGGACGAGGCGCUGGACAGGAUAGCCAAGGAGUCGGAGGCGCGGCUGGCGGCCCGGCGCCAGGCGCGGGCAGAGGCGCGCGAGAUCCGCAUGCGCGAGCUGGAGCGACAGCAGCGCGAAGCUGAGCUCAAUGGCGAGAAAAUGGACGACUUCGCAGACGUGCCGACGCGCCCGUCGCCGUCGGUGGCGGCCGCGCGGACUCCACGCGGCCCCAGCGUGGGCUCGGCGGUGGGCCGCCGCAGCAGCGAGGACUCGGCCGAAGACGGCUCGUCUGCUGGCGGCUUUCACCUGCGCGACGUCAGGCACGAGCUGCGUGAGCUAGAGGAGAAGCUGCGCAAGACGAUGGUCACCUCAGCCCAGCUGGAUAACGACAAGUCGACGCUCAACUACCAGGUGGAGCUGCUCAAGGACAAGCUGGAGGAGCUGCAGGAGUCGCACACCCAGCUGCAGCGAGAACACCGGACCCGCUGCAGUGAGCACGAACAAUUGAAGCGGGUAUCUAACAGGCUAAAGGAAGACUUCGAAUGUUGCAAAAAGCUUCUGGAGGAACGCGACAAGUUAAUAGAGGAGAACGGUCUGGUGCUGGUCGGGGACGACGAGGACGAGGGGUCGGAGUCGGAGGCACCUGCUGCCGGUCAGCGGCCGCAGAAGGCGCUCGUCUCGCAUGGUGCGGCUCAGCUGCUGGACAAGGCCGGUGGCGGCACGCUCGACAGUCGUCUGCGACGUCUGGGGGAGGAGAAGAAUGAGCUGGAGGACCAGCUGCGCCGACUGAAGCUGGAGCUGGAGGAGGAGCGGCACAUGAACGCGCGCGCCCGCAUCUCGGGCACCGGCUCCGGCGCCGAGUCCGACCAAGUGCAGCGGGAGGUGGCCAGACAAGUGGGCGAGUACAGAUUCAAGCUGCAGAAGGCUGACCAGGACAUCACCAACCUGCAGACGGCCGUGCAGCGACUGGAAAACCAGGUGGCGCGCUACAAGUCGGCGGCGGAGACGGCCGAGAAGUCCGAGGAGGAGCUCAAGGGAGAGAAGCGCAAGCUGCAGAGAGAGCUUCGAGAAUCCCUGACCCGCGUGGACGAACUAGAAACCACGAACAGCCACCUGCAAAAGCGUCUAGACAAGCUGAAGAACGCGCGGUCCACGCUGCUCAAAGACCUCUCGACUGAGUGAUAGUGGCGACAUCUGUGGCACUGGAGGUGCCUGCGGACAACAUGGUUCGUGCGACGGUGGGCUGGGCGCUGCUGCUCAGAAGGGCCGUUCGUUGCCUUGGCUCUGACUGCUGUCCGCUGACGCACAGCGCGCCAGCUGCGGUGCGGCGCGACCCAGUGCAUCCGGGGUGGGCGUGCGUCCUCCGAGGGCUCGAGCUGACCGAGUGAGUCCGUCCUCUGAGGACGCCAGCUGACCAAGCGCGUUCUCCGAGGACUCGGGCCAAUCGAGCGCGUGCUUCGGGGACGCCGGCCGAUCGAGCGCGUCCUCCGAGGACUCGGUCCUGAGCGCGUUCACCCUCUGUGGACCUCGGCGGACCGAGAGCGUACACCGAGGACCGGCCAACCGAGUGCGUUCUUCGAGGACUCCGACCGACCGAGUGCGUCCUCUUUGGAGUCCGGCCGACCGAGCGCAUCCUCCGAGGACCCGGCGGCGCACAGAGCGACUUCUGUGAUAGACGCCGAGGGAGCGGAGCUGAAGUGACGUCUGGAAGGAGCGGACGCGGCGCGACGGUCGGCGCGCGUUGUAACUAGUGCCAAAGCGAGCGGCGGAUGGGCGGCUGGGCCCCUCGCAGGCUGGCGGCGCUCAGGUCCACUGCGCGGCACUCGGUGCGUGUGUGCGUGUGUGGUGUGUGUGUGUGCGUGUGCGUGUGCGUGUGCUUUUGUAUGUGCGUGUGCACUCUUUCUGCUCUUCUUGAUGUUGCUUGAGCUUUAACAAGUGCUCAAAAGCAGACCACCCUUCUGAACGCACUACUCGGGCGAACAGCGGUGCGAUUGUGUGCUUUGCUCGGAUCAGAUCGGUGGGGUGGUGUGCACUUCCACUGAGCAGAGCUACGCUAAUCAUUUGACUGCAAAUCUGCGACGUCUCUGUGUUGAAGCCUUUGGCGCUGCGCUGGGUUAUAUUCGUCGCCUCCAAAGUGAUUGGGUGCACCAAUGCGAGUGCCUCCCCACCCUCCAUAUGUUGUCAGUGCGGUGUUGCCUUUGGAAGGCGCCUGACAGUACCGGAGAGUCCGCGUGGGCCGUCAACAGCAGGCGGACACGGCGCCGCUGCCGGUGGUGCCGUGCCCAGCUCGUCCGGCAGCUUCCUGGUCGCCUCGCGCCACUUGGACCCACUGGCGCCACGUAACGACAGGGCCCCGGCUCCUGUUCAUGCUGGCUACGACGUAUGCAGCAUGUGAGCUGUCGGGACCCUGCGGAGUAGUGCACUCAGUUUCGGGGCGUCGAUGCUAUUUGUUUGUGAGAUGGGCUCACGUGAUGUUAUUGCGUCCGUCGUGGGGAUGGCAUGCACAUAGUUGCAGCGCGUGAUGCUCUUCCCAGUUUUGUUACGCAUUAGCUGAUUUGUACUGAGUAUUAAAUUAGUAGCUCGUUGUACAUUCUGUCUAUUGUAAUAUAAGUAACUGAGACAAAACGGCGUUUAAUGCGUGGUGUGUGUUCGACUAUAUAUUUACUGAUAUCAGGGGAUGGCGGCACCUCGAAUAAAUCCAGCUCACCUGUCG